CCGUUGACGUCGAACCUUUGAACCUUCAGCUCUUGCGACAUUGCUAGGCUACAUGGCUCUGCCUUUACUCCUACCUCCCAUUCUCUACACGGACUCCAGUGUAGGCAGGUGGGGCUGUCUCCUAAAUCAAUACAUCAGAGGCACUCCUUGGAGCUUGUGUGGCAGCUGAGCGUUACAAGGCACCAAUUUGGAACCCCAGUGAUAAAGAUCAACUUCGUUCCUUCAUGUCGUCUUUCAAGAUCUCAAUACCUGAUGCGUUGAUUGAUGAUCUGCGUCAAAAGCUUGAGCUCGCAAGACUUCCCGAUGAAUUAGAAGACGCAGGUUGGGAUUAUGGGGUACCCUUGGCUGAUGUCAGACGCUUAGUAGCCCUUUGGAAGGACGGAUACGAUUGGAGGAAGCACGAGAAGGAACUGAACGACGAAUUGCCUCAAUUUACUCGGGAUAUCGAGGUUGAAGGAUUUGGAUCGCUCAACGUCCACUAUGUGCACAAGGAAAGCGAGACAAAGAAUGCGAUUCCACUUUUAUUCAUCCAUGGAUGGCCAGGAAGUUUUUUAGAGGUUCGGAAGAUUCUACCAUUGUUAACAUCGGGAUCGCCCUGCUUCCACGUCGUUGCCGUGGGUCAGCCAGGAUAUGGAUUCUCUGAAGCGCCGAAAAAGGGAGGAUUUGGUGUUCCUCAGUACGCCCAACUCGGCCAUAAACUGAUGAUUUCACUUGGAUACACCGAAUACGUGACACAAGCAGGUGACUGGGGACACUCGGUUGCUCGAACAAUCUCCAGCGUAUAUGGUCCGAAAUACGCUAAAGCAUGGCACACCAAUGUUCUGUUUGGGUUCCCACCGGCUCACGACUCUCCAGAGACUUACACACUAGCUGAGAAAGAGGGCCUGGAGCGAUCAAAGUGGUUUCAGGAGAAAGGAACGGGAUACAUGCACGAGCAUAAUACGCAACCCCAAACACUUGGAUAUAGUCUCGCUGACUCGCCCGUUGGACUUCUUGCUUGGAUUUAUGAGAAACUGGUUAAUUGGAGUGAUACGUAUCCGUGGGAUGACGAUGAAGUACUGACUUGGAUCUCUAUAUACUGGUUCUCUCGUGCUGGGCCGGCUGCCUCGAUCAGAAACUAUUAUGAACAUAAUAAAAUGGGAGGAAGACUUUGGUUGAUUGAAAAGUACCCAACUACCAUCCCUCUUGGCUAUUCUCGCUUUCCCAAAGACCUAGCUGUACAUCCGCGAUCGUAUGUCCACAUCUUACACCAUUUAUUGUUACUACUAACCUUGUGCUGCAGUUGGAUCAAAGAAACGAACCUCGUCUUUGAGUCGGUCCAUGAGUCCGGUGGUCAUUUUGCCGCACACGAAAAACCGAUCGAGUUGGUGGACGAUCUAAGAAAGAUGUUUGGAAAGAAUUGUCCUGCGUUUGGUGUAGUCGCUGAAAGGAACGGCUACUGAUGAUUUAGAGAAUCGGGAGUUUAUAUUUUUCUGUAAUAUCAUGAUCAUUCCCGCUGUAAUGUUGUAGGCAACGUGGAGUCCAAUUUUUUUGACA